AUUAACGUCAUCAUUGUGCGCCUUUAGAGAAAAGGACCUCUAGCUUGAAAGCGAUGCACGUGAGUGUGUCGGUUAGCAGUUUGAGAAAAUAUAAUUUGCUGUCUUUCUUCUCAGGUCAAACCGAAGUUAAUAGGCGUGUAAUUAGUCAAGUACAACGUUACAUUAGUUCGUUGUAUAACGUUAAUCUUCUUCUGAAUAGUCUUUUUCUUUCUCCACGGUGUCAGCAGAGCAGUUCGACGAUGGAGCAGGCAGCUGUCGCCACUGCAACACCGGCGGAGGUAAACAGCCCGGUGUCAGUGGGGGAAACCACAACGAAAGAGGCAACAGAAACUGGCAAACGGAAAAGCGGCGAGCCGGACGAAACCGAGACAAGUGGCCGAGGGAAGAGGAGGAGAGGAGCCGGAGGGAAGAAGCUCCGUCCGGGCGAGAGAUACAUCCCCCCUCCGCAGAAGCGGAACCCGGGGGUCAGCUUCAGCCAGGAGCAUUUCGACGAGACCUCCUACUACUUUGAAGGUGGCCUGCGCAAAGUGUAUCCGUACUACUUUGACUUCAAAACUUACUGCAAAGGUCGGUGGAUCGGGAAGAGCCUCCUGGAGGUAUUCAAGAGUGAGUUCAGAGCAGAGUCCAUAGAGUAUUACCAGAGGGCUUCCAAAGAGGGUCGCAUCCGGCUGAACGAGACACCUGUGGAGGACCUGUCUGUGGUGCUCAGGAAUAACGACCAUAUGAAGAACACAGUGCACCGCCAUGAGCCCCCUGUAGUCGGCAGACCCCUGGAGGUUCUGGUGGAUGAUGGUGAAGUGCUUGUGGUCGACAAGCCUGCCUCCAUCCCAGUCCACCCCUGCGGUCGUUUCCGUCACAACACUGUGAUUUUCAUCCUUGGGAAAGAGCGGGGCAUCUCUGAGCUCCACACAGUCCACAGACUGGACAGGCUUACCUCCGGAGUGCUGCUGUUUGCCAGGACACUGGAGACCUCAAAGAAACUGGACCAGUUGGUGCGAGACAGACAGCUUGAAAAGGAGUAUGUGUGCCGAGUAGAGGGGGAGUUUCCAGAAGGUGAGCUGAUCUGCGAGGAGCCCAUCCUGGUUGUUUCCUUUAAAAUUGGGCUCUGCCGAGUUGACCCGAAGGGAAAGGAGUGCAGAACAGUCUUCCAGAGGCUUACCUUUAACGGAAAAACCAGCGUGGUCCGUUGUUUACCCCUGACUGGCCGCACACACCAGAUCAGGGUUCACCUCCAGUACCUGGGCUUCCCCAUCCUCAAUGAUCCCAUCUAUGGGUCCUCAGCCUGGGGUCCUCACAGGGGGAAGGGGGGACUGGUGGGAAAGAGUAAUGAGGAGCUGCUGCAGGCUCUGGUAGAGGAACAUCGCUCUCAGGAAAGUCUUCACUUGUUGGAUAUUCCGGAUGAUGGGAUUGUUAUUGAACAAGAGGCAGAGAAAAACAAGACAUCUGACAAAGUAGAUGCAUUAGAUGGCACCUCUGAAGCUAACAAAAGUGGAGAAAGCCCUCAGACUUUCAGACAGAUUGAUACGCAGGUGCCGACAGGUUGUAGCUCAAGCGGCGAGACAUUGAAUAAGGUGAGUCAGGGCUGCACAGACCUAAACACUAACGAUACCUCACUCAAAUUUCAACCAUCCAAAUCAAACGGAAAUCAAACAGAAGCCACUGACUUGAUUCACAAAACUCCUCCAGGGACUAGAGACCACCUGUGCAGUGAAUGUAAGCUAGUACGACCGGAUCCCACAGAGAAGGAACUCAUCAUGUAUCUCCACGCUUUACGCUACAAAGGACCUGAUUUUGAAUAUUCCACACGUUUACCCGACUGGGCCAAAGAGGACUGGGUGGAAGAUGAUUCGAGCUGACCUGAUAAACACUGCUGAUGACAUUUAGGUUUCUGCCUUCAUGCAUGUUUUUCACACAUUUAAAAGUAUGACCAGAAAUCCUGUAAGAGGUUUGGCUCUGAGGCAGUUUUGAUUUAGCUGUGAUGCAUUUCUAUUGAUAAUUCUUCAGUAACUUCUCUGAAGGUGGUAUAAAAUGCCUCAAAAUUAAAAAAUUUAGCAUGCGGUUUCCACCAGAAUUGAUCAUGUAGAAAUAUGUGGCUCCAAGCUGUUUAUGCCUUAAACACAAUUGUAUUAAUUCUCAUUUUACUUUGAGGAGUGUUUUAAUUUCAAGAAUAUAGUUUAAAUUUAAUUUCAUCCUUUAAGCCUGUAAGCUGUCUGGUACUCCAACCAAGAUUUUAAAUGAAUUAAAAGCUAGUCUGCAGGAAAAUAAAUGUUUUAUUUUA